UGACAAGCGCGAUUGGCAGAUUCGCCGUUGAAGUCUGUGGCGAGUACGACGCUGCGGGAUUGGAAGGUGCGAAGACGAGGAGGGGGGAAGUCUUUGAAGGAGGAGGAGAAGUAGAAGCGGGUUAAAGGUGAGGAGGGGGAGGAAGGUUCUUCUGCCGGUGGUGAUUGGCGAGUUAGACUCUGCGUUGUGUCGUCUUGUGGACUCCAGCGCGUGUUUUUUUUUACUCAGGGUGACGGAUCUGGGAAGCCCGGAAGGUAACUACAAGGUUGGAAGUCUACGACAAGGCGGCUGGUAUCCUCUGCCAGGGGAUCCGCCAAUUGAGAUCAAGCCAAAUGCUCGUCGUGUAGCCCUGGAGGAGGAUCCAUUGCUUUGUCUGUUGGCGGGAUUUGAGUCGAGAAUUGAGGCCAAUGCUGUUGGCUUGUGUGGUGGCAUCCGCAGAGCAUCUUGAUUCUUUGCGUGAAGUUUUUUCUUGGAGACAUUGCGUCGUAGACGUGAGGAUUCCAUAGCUAAGCACGACGGGGGUUGGCCUGGUUGCGUGAGUGCGCUUUUAGAAUUUUGGGAGGUUUGCAGUGGGAGAGAAAGUGUUGGAUUCAGGUUAAGAAGGAUUGUGUUGUGUCCUUGUAUUGACUUUGUAUUGGGUUGGUUAGUUGUUGGAAUUUAGCAGAUAAGGUAGAAGGUCGGGUGUGAGAACUGUGAUUUCGUUUCGCACCAUGGGUAUGAAGGCGGUGACAUCCGUGCCGGAGCCGCCACGGCCCGUAGUCAUAUGUGGGCCAUCUGGAGUGGGAAAGGGCACUCUGAUUGGAAAGUUGAUGAAAGAUUUCCUGGACAAGUUCGGGUUCUCCGUGAGCCAUACCACUCGCGCGCCCCGAAUCCGAGAGAUCGACGGGGUGCACUAUCACUUCGCCUCCCGCCCUGUGAUGGAGCAAGAAAUUAAGGAAGGGAAAUUUCUAGAAUCCGCUGAGGUCCAUGGCAACUUGUACGGGACGAGCUGGGCUGCCGUUGAGGCUGUCGCCGACGCUGGCAAGAUCUGCAUACUGGAUAUCGAUGUCCAAGGUGCUCAGGCAGUGAAGAAGAGUGCUCUGAAAGCCACAUAUAUUUUCAUCAAGCCUCCAGCCCCUGAGGUAAAAGAGCUCGAAAGGCGUCUUCGUGGAAGAGACACAGAGACAGAAGAACAAAUACAGAAGCGGCUCAGAAAUGCCAAGCAAGAGCUCGAGCGUGCCAAGGAUACUACUCUAUUCGAUCACAUUCUUGUGAAUGCCAACUUGGAUCAGGCUUACGAAGAGCUGAAGGUCUUGCUAGGUCUCGGCAGUUCGGCUGCAUCUACCCAUUGCAAUGGCACUGCCAAACAUCAACUAAAUGGGGUGCAAGCGACUUUGUCAAAUGGAUGUAUACUCCUGUCAGAGAGCGGGACACCUACAAACAGUCACGAAUUGGAGGCAGAUCACGUCAUGUAUGGGAAUGGAUCUUCUGUAAUUACGAGGUCGAAUGGGCUAUUCCUUAAUGGUUCACCGCAUCAUUCAAAGGCCAAUGGUGUGCCGAAGCUUUCGAAUUCUUUAUCUACCAAUUAUAGCCGUUCAUUACCAAUGCUGAACUCACCAGACCUUUUGGUUAACAUGCACUCAGCAACUGGGUCUCCUAGAGCCAAAGGAAUUUCAGCUUCGUAACCCUCUUAGUACCCCCCUGGGUAAUUUUAGUACAAAAAGGUACAGGUUCUUCUGUACCUCAUUCAUCGACGUUCUCUUUUUUAGAGGAGACAAUUCUUGUCGGAGGCUGGUUCAUGUGCAGCCUUCAAUUCUUUUCGUGCACAGGUAGUUCCAGAGAUGCAAGGAUCUGAUAUCUAGUACGUUUCACCAAUUUCAAGUUAGGUUUAGGUAGCUCCAAUCUUCCAUCCUCGCAUCUCCAUCAAAUUCAGGAUUCAGUAUAUGAACCGGUCUGAAGGAAGUAUAUCAGUACGACAUGUCCAGUUCCACUUUUUCUUUUGUAGGUAAGGCUUGCAUUUAUAAAUACCAAACCACCAAUGAACUUUCUCGCUUCCAGUAGUCACUUAGUUCCUCAGCGUAGGGUUGUGUGCUCUAUAUGAAGGUAUAUGAGCAUUCGUAUAACAGCAGUAACCAGGAUCAAGUGUCAAUUUUUUCGUUUUUUAUAAUCGAGAGAACAGUUAAUGAUGCUCUGGUCUCUCGGCCAUUUUUUCAAUUGAAUCUCAGCCACAUAUACCUACAGGCUGUUUCAACUGGUUCCAA